UUGGACAGGAGUGUAUUCAUUUUGUAACCCGAGUUAAUUCCAGUCAGUUUAUCACAGCAUUUCGUGCAAGAUAGAUCAGCAUGAGGUUGUUUGUUUUUAUAGCCUUGUAUUUCGCAGUGAGCGAGGCGAAAACCUUGUCAGAUUCGCAGAAAGCAUCAAAAGUGGUUUGCUAUUAUAAUUCAGCAGCCCACACGAGAGAUGGUCAGGCAAAAUUCACCCUUGCCGAUCUUGAGUCGGCCCUUCCGUAUUGUACCCACGUGAUUUAUGGAUAUGCUGGUGUCAGCGAAAAAUUCAAGAAAAUCAUCCCUCUCAAUGAAAACUUCGAUGUAACACAACAGCAUUACAAACAAGUUGUGGCUUUGAAAGAUAGACUAAAUAAUAAAUAUGAGAAACCGAAAUUUUUGCUUUCCGUUGGUGGUGGCGCCGAUGUCAGUGGAGAAGAUGAUGAGAAAAAUAUUCAAUAUAGAGAUUUGCUUGAGUCUGCCGCUCUUCGAACAACAUUUGUCAAUUCAGCUUAUGAUAUGGUGAAGAAAUAUGGUUUCGAAGGUAUUGACUUAGCUUGGGAAUUUCCGGAGACUAAACCAAAGAAAAUCCGAUCGAAGAUUGGUUCUUUCUUCCAUAACUUGAAAACCAAGGUUGUGGGUCCUUCGGUUAUCGAUAAGAAAGCCGAAGAUCAUCGUGCACAAUUCGUUGCUUUGGUAAGGGAACUUAAGAGAACCUUCGCAAUGGACAACCUCAUGGUCUCGGUGACGGUCUUGCCAAAUGUGAACAGUUCAGUGUAUUAUGACCCUAAGCUCAUCGCUCCUCACGUUGAUUUUGUGAAUCUCAUGGCUUACGAUUUUUACACACCUCAGCGUAACCCAGAAGAAGCUGAUUAUACAUCGCCAUUAUUUGAGUUGGUUGACAGACGAUUCGACGAAAAUGUAGAUUUUCAAGUCAAUUAUUGGACAAGAAACGGUGCUCCAUCUUCUAAGAUUGUCCUGGGAGUCCCCACAUUUGGAAGAACCUGGCAAAUGACUUCUGAUUCUAAUACGAAUGGAAUACCUCCUUUAACUGUUGAUGGACCAGGCGAACAAGGACUUUUCACAAGAGAUGCAGGGAUAUUGAGUUACUUCGAGAUUUGUCAAAUGGUAGAGGGAGGGAAAAAGACGUCUGCUUUAACUACUCCACCAUCACCUUCCUUCGUAUUAGAAGCGGAUACUAGUCGCAGAAGAGGACCGUACGCGUUCCUUCCACCUGGACCAAAUAAAAAAGGUAUAUGGAUUUCCUAUGAAAGUCCCGAAUACGCAGCAGCCAAAGGAAAGUAUGCUAAAAGCAAAGGACUCGGUGGCAUCGCUAUCAGUGAUCUGACUUUCGACGACUUCAAAGGUAGUUGUUCAUACGAGAAGUAUCCUCUUCUCAGAGCUGCAUUGACUAGUUUGGCCAGUCCUUACUGAAUCAACGUUAUGAAAUUGUUAUAAUUUAUUCAUAAUCUUUGUAGUACAAAAAUUUCUUAAUAAAACCCAAUUCUCAAUUU